GGGCACAGUGGCCUACGAGAUAGUGGUCGGUAGGAUGAGGGUCACUUAGAGCCCGUGCCUCAGUUUCUUCAGCUAUACAGUGGGGUAACAGUAGAGCCUCGGGACGAGUUGCCGGGAGGAUUCCAGUGGUGUUGCACGUGAAGCCUUGGGGGCCGGGAGCCUGAGCCCUCCUCAUUCCUCAACAGGAGAAUCCAUGCUGCCCCAAAGUGACGCAGGGACUUCGGUGCCCCAGUUGGACCGUCUUUUCACCGUCUGGAGCCAGGCCACAAGGAGAGACUGCGCGCGCCUAAGGAGCUGCCCUGCUCGGCCUGGAACCGGCUGCCUUUGCGUCUGUCCACCUGCCCACACAGCUGAAACUUGACCCCAGAGCGUCUGCAGAGAGUGAGGGAAGGACUAGAACAUACUAGAUCAUGCUCUGAAGACCCCUGCGACAAGACCCAGGAAGCUGUGAGCUCAGCCCAGAUCCGAAGCCGCGCUGCCCCCCUGCCCGCCAUGGCCUCCGCUGGCAAGAAUGGCGAGAGCGUCUCCUCCGUGUCCAGCAGCCGCCUGCAGAGCCGGAAGCCGCCCAAUCUGUCCAUCACCAUCCCUCCACCCGAGACCGCGGCCCCUGGCGAGCAGGCCAGCAUGCUGCCCCAGAGGCCCAGGAACCCAGCCUACGUGAAGAGUGUCAGCCUCCAGGAGCCACGGGGACGAUGGCAGGAGGGCAGCUCAGACAAGCGCCCAGGCUUCCGCCGCCAGGCCUCCCUGUCCCAGAGCAUUCGAAAGGGCACAGCCCAGUGGUUCGGGGUCAGCGGCGACUGGGAGGUGAAGCGGCAGCAUUGGCAACGCAGGAGCCUGCACCACUGCAGCGUGCGCUACGGCCGCCUCAAGGCCUCGUGCCAGCGGGACCUGGAGCUCCCCAGCCAGGAGGUGCCGUCCUUCCAGGGCACCGAGUCUCCAAAACCCUGCAAGAUGCCCAAGAUUGUGGAUCCACUGGCCCGAGGACGGGCGUUCCGCCACCCUGACGAGGUGGACAGGCCCCAUGCCCCACACCCGCCCCUGACCCCCGGGGUCCUGUCCCUCACAUCCUUCACCAGCGUCCGCUCUGGCUACUCCCACCUGCCCCGCCGCAAGAGGAUGUCUGUGGCCCACAUGAGCUUUCAGGCUGCCGCCGCCCUCCUCAAGGGGCGCUCCGUGUUGGAUGCCACGGGACAGCGGUGCCGGGUGAUCAAACGCAGCUUUGCCUACCCCAGCUUCCUGGAGGAGGACGUGGUCGAUGGGGCAGACACAUUCGACUCCUCAUUUUUUAGUAAGGAAGAAAUGAGCUCCAUGCCCGACGAUGUGUUUGAGUCUCCCCCGCUCUCUGCCAGCUACUUCCGGGGGAUCCCACGCUCGGCCUCCCCGGUCUCCCCCGAUGGGGUGCAGGUCCCUCUGAAGGACUCCGGCCGAGCCCCGGCGCCGCCCGGGGCCAGGCGCAGCAGGCGCCUCGCCUCCACGGUGAAGCACUUUGCCUUUGACCGCAAGAGGCGGCACUACGGCCUGGGCGUGGUGGGCAACUGGCUGAACCGUAGCUACCGCCGCAGCAUCAGCAGCACUGUGCAGCGCCAGCUGGAGAGCUUCGACAGCCACCGGCCCUACUUCACCUACUGGCUGACCUUCGUCCACAUCAUCAUCACGCUGCUGGUGAUCUGCACGUAUGGCAUUGCACCCGUGGGCUUUGCCCAGCACGUCACCACCCAGCUGGUGCUCAGGAACAAAGGUGUGUAUGAGAGCGUGAAGUACAUCCAGCAGGAGAACUUCUGGAUCGGCCCCAGCUCGAUCGAUUUGAUCCACCUGGGAGCCAAGUUCUCGCCCUGCAUCCGGAAGGACCAGCAGAUCGACCAGCUGGUGCUUCGGGAGCGAGACCUUGAGCGGGACUCGGGCUGCUGUGUCCAGAACGACCACUCGGGCUGCAUCCAGACCCAGCGGAAAGACUGCUCGGAGACUUUGGCCACUUUUGUCAAGUGGCAGGAUGACACGGGCCCCCCCAUGGACAAGUCUGAUCUGGGCCAGAGGCGGACAUCGGGGGCAGUGUGCCAUCAGGACCCCAGAACCUGUGAGGAGCCAGCCUCUAGCGGCGCCCACAUCUGGCCCGACGACAUCACCAAGUGGCCAAUCUGCACGGAGCAGGCCAAGAGCAACCGCACGGGCUUCUUGCACAUGGACUGCCAGAUCAAGGGCCGCCCGUGCUGCAUCGGCACCAAGGGCAGCUGUGAGAUCACCACCCGGGAAUACUGUGAAUUCAUGCACGGCUAUUUCCACGAAGAGGCAACACUCUGCUCCCAGGUGCACUGCUUGGACAAGGUGUGUGGGCUGCUGCCCUUCCUCAACCCCGAGGUCCCAGAUCAGUUCUACAGGCUCUGGCUGUCUCUGUUCCUCCACGCUGGCGUGGUGCACUGCUUCGUGUCUGUGGUCUUCCAAAUGACCAUCCUGCGGGACCUGGAGAAGCUGGCCGGCUGGCACCGCAUUGCCAUCAUCUUUAUCCUCAGCGGCAUCACCGGCAACCUCGCCAGUGCCCUCUUCCUCCCCUACCGGGCGGAGGUGGGCCCGGCCGGGUCGCAGUUCGGCCUCCUCGCCUGCCUCUUCGUGGAGCUCUUCCAGAGCUGGCAGCUGCUGGAGCGGCCCUGGAAGGCCUUCCUCAACCUGUCGGCCAUCGUACUCUUCCUGUUCGUCUGCGGCCUCCUGCCCUGGAUCGACAACAUCGCCCACAUCUUCGGCUUCCUCAGCGGCCUGCUGCUGGCCUUCGCCUUCCUGCCCUACAUCACCUUCGGCACCAGCGACAAGUACCGCAAGAGGGCCCUCAUCCUGGUCUCGCUGCUGGUCUUCGCCGGCCUCUUUGCCUCUCUGGUCAUCUGGCUCUACGUCUACCCCGUGCACUGGCCCUGGAUCGAGUACCUCACCUGCUUCCCCUUCACCAGCCGCUUCUGCGAGAAGUACGAGCUGGACCAGGUGCUGCACUGACCCCCUGCCCCCUGGGCGGGGCAUCGCUGCUGCUCACGGGGCGCUGAGGGCCCGGGGCCCGGGCCGGGCUGCAGAGCGCCCCCUCCCCCGCGCUCCGGAGACCCACUGCCAGGGGCCUGGGCCCUCCCUCCACCGGGCGAGACGGUCACAAAGGCGGGUUCCCCCGGGGCAGCGAGGCGCCCCCUUCCUCAGGCUGGGGGACACUCCGCGCACGGGCUUCUCUGCAGCUCAGGGGCUCAGGGCCAUGCCCGCCCGUCGCUCCCCUGCUGGCGGGACCACUGCCUAGGGGUGGGCUUCUUUCUUUCCCAAGGUCCUCAGGCUUCGCCCAUCACCCCCCUCAGCCUCUGCUGGUGCCCCCCAGCCACACACACACACACACACACACACACCCCAUUGCUGUGAGCGUGCCCUUACUGGGACGUGGCCAGGGUUCCCACACCUGCCUCACCACGCCAGCCCUCCUUCCUGUUUCUCCUCCCCUCUCUGCCCUAAGAGCCCGGGCCCCUCGUUCAUCGGUGGCCUGGUGAGCCUGCCCUUAACGCUCCUGGAGCAGACUUGUGGGAAGGGCUUUGCCACAGUCUGGGGCAGAAAAGAGCAAGGAGGCACAGCUGGGCUGGGAAGCUGAGAGCCUUUGCUUGUUCCGAGCAGACAGAGGCUGUCCCCUCUGUGUCCCUCUUGGCCCUCUCUUGGAGUCAGUGUUCUGCCUCAUGGGGCUGGCUUCGAGAAGGCCGGCCCUACUCCACUCUGCCUCACUCCUGCCCGAGUUGGGGCGGGGGCUGGGCUACUCACUCCUGCCCGAGUUGGGGUGGGUUCCCCAGGGGUUGCCCAAGGCUCGGUCAGACCCAUUUUUUUACUGGUUUAUAUUAAGGUUCUAAUUUUUAAAAGUAACGCUAACUUUAUAUGGAUGAUGUCUCAAAUGUAUUAAAUGAUACUCUUUAGAAGUAA